AUAUCGAUGAAUGUGCGUCAUCGCAGAAUAAUGAUUGCCACGAUGUGAACGGUUUAUGUGUCAAUAUUGACGGUGGUUAUACUUGUCAAUGUAAGCAAGGUUACACCGGAGAUGGAAGGACAUGUAACGGUGAGUGAAUGCAAGUGGAGAAACUAGCGUCACAGAUUAGUAUAGGAAAUUACACGGUUCGAGAAGUGUUAAUGAAAAAUCACACGCGUGUUAAUUUGGAGAAAGAUUUAUAAUACCGUGAGUGCAUAGCACGAGUGGUAUUAUAAAUAUUUCGCCUAACAAAAUUGUAAUUUUUCAUUAAUAUUUCGUGUUUCACCGAUGUGCUUUAAAAUGUGCUUCAAUGGCUAUCUGUUCUUGAAAUUACAAUUUUAUCCACUGGGCGUUCAAGGAUUAAGGACUGUAGAUUUUGUCUUUAGAACGACUCUUCGCACAUAACCAUCCUUGGGAUUGGGUUUUACUCUCCCUAUACGUCCAAGUGGCCAUAAUGAUCUUGGUGAGGUUUCAUCGACUAUUAAUACGAUAUCUCCUGGAGUAAAAUUUCGAUUCGUUGAGGAUUCAUCCAUUUUUGUCUCCGUUGUAGUUCGGGCAGAUACUCUUUCAACCAGUGGCGCCAGAAAACAUCAGAUAGGUAUUGAGCCUGUCUCCAUCGUCGUCUGCAAUAUAAGUCAUUGUCGCUGAAGAUUCCGGGAGGUAGUGUUGGUCCUGGGAGCAGCAGAAGCAAAUGAUUUGGGGUCAAAGCUUCCGAGUCAUUUGGAUCAUCAGAUAAUUUCGUCAACGGUCUACUGUUCAUUAUAGACUCCACUUCACACAUGAUAGUUGUCAGGCAUUCAUCGUCCACGGUCUGCUGUUUUAGGAGUGCCAAUAAGAUUUUGCGAACUGUCCUGAUACAGCGCUCCCAAACUCCGCCAUGAUGGGAUCCUAAGGGAGGGUUGAAAACCAAUUUGACGUUUUGUUGCAGGAGGAAUUGGUGGAUUUUCUCUUGGUUCCAACUUUCAAUUGCUGUGCGAAUCUCUUUCUCACCACUGACAAAAUUACUUCCGUUGUCGGAUCUGAUCACCUGCGGUUGACCCCUCUUGGGGAUGAAUCUGCGAAGGGCAUGAAGGAACGAACUUUUAUCAAGGCUUUGAACCACUUCAAUAUGAACAACACGUAUCGCCAAACACGUAAAUAGAACUCCAUAUCUCUUUACACGACUUCGAGCUCUUUUUAUGAGAAAUGGUCCGAAACAGUCCACUCCCACAAAUGUAAAUGGCGGUCUGUCUGGCGUAACGCGAUGCUCUGGGAGAUCUGCCAUUUUUUGUUCACCAACAGCUGCUUGUCUUCUUCUGCAAUCUAUGCAACGUCUCAGAAUUUCUUUCAGAGUAUUUAGUGCUCCAAUUAUCCAAAAGCGUUCUCUUAUUAAUGACAAAACAUUUUCCAGACCACUAUGUCCUGCCAACUGAUGGUAAUGUCUGAAAAUCAGUUUCGAAAUUGGACUGUUCUUCGGAAUGAUUAAUGGGUGUUUGCUUUCGUCUGAGAUAGGAGCAUUCGCCAAACGUCCCCCGACACAUAGGAGUUGAUUCCUUACUUGCGGAUCGAGUUUGUAGAUGGGACUUGUCUUCCUGACUGGGCCAUCUAAAGACCUUGUUGCUUUGUUGUUCUGCGCGUUGACACCAUUGAGACGAGCCAAUUCAUCUUGAAAACUUCUGCCUUGAACGUAUUUCACAAUCUCCCUUUCUGCAACCAGCAUGUCGUCCACAGCCGGUUUAAUUUCUGGGUUUGGACUUCUUGUUGCGAUGUUAGUAAUCUUAGCUGUAUCAGCAGCGACUUUACGUAAGUUUGCACGAUAACGAAGUAUCCAUGCCACAAAUCUCUUCAGCCGAUCCCAUGAUGAGAAUCUCUCGAUAAUUCCAUCAGUCGUAACUUGUGAACUGUUCGUAAUUGAAAAAAUUGCGUUGUUAACUUCACUUCUGAAUCGUCAUCGCGAAUUAUGGGAGUUAUGGUAGGUUGAUUCAGCCAGUAAUUCUCGGAUUUCCAUAAAAAAUCAGGACCAUUUGUCCAUCGAAGCUUAUUUAGCAAGGUGUCAGCAGUUAGCCCCCGUGAAGCGUCGUCCGCAGGAUUUUGUUCACCGGUAACAUAUCUCCACUGAAUCGGUGAACUCGCUUCAAGAAUGGUGGCAAUUCUAUUAGCAACAAACGUCUGGAAUCUCUUGUUUUUGUUCUUCAGAUAACCCAGAACACACGUACUGUCGGUCCAAAACUGAGAGGCGUCGAUACGUUGCUACGACAGCAGCCGGCAAUUCCAGUCGUGCAAUUGUUGUUCCUUUAGAGGAGCCACUCUUGACUUAGCCAGCUCACGAAUGAACAAUGGACGUUGCCACCGAUAUCUUCAAACCGAAUGUAGGUAAAUGCGCCAUAGCCACGCUGUGAGGCAUCUGCAAAGGUGUGUAACUGCGUUGAAACGUACGAUUUCACACGUGUUCGUAGGUUUAAUGCCUCUUGGAACCCGAAGCUGCUCAAUUCUCGGUAAUUCUUUUAGCCAAAUGUUCCAUCGUCCAAGGUCUUGCGAUUGGGGCGGCUCUAAAAAAGUUCAAUAUUUGGUAUUUAUCACCCACCACCCCGAUAAUCACCUCGCCUUCGGCGAAUAAUUGUUAAAUAUUCCUGUCUUAACAGAUAUCAACGAAUGUGAUGACGUACAUGGUUGUCACGCCGAAGCCACGUGCCAAAAUACUGCUGGAGGUUAUGAAUGUCAUUGCAAUGCAGGUUGGACGGGAGAUGGAAGAAGUUGCUCGGGUAAAGAUAUUUUUGCAAAAUGUUUAGAUUUCGAACUUUUAGACAUGUUAAUUUUUUGAACAACGAUAUCAGUAGUCUAGUUCACUCGCCGUCCGCAGCAAAGUACUUAGCCGUGGCUAUAGAACCUCGUUUUCGGGACUGAGGUAUCGGCUUCAUAGAGUUCUUUAUCUUGUUACUGAGGACCUAAUUAUAUAAAGGUCUUGUAUAUCGUCUAAUGUAACUGUAUGAUUUCAGAAAUUUGUCCUCCGGUACUACGAGAUAAAACGCUCUCAAGCCAAAAUCUCAAUCUCGAAAACUAUAAAAAAUCACUCAUUUGCAUGAAGGAUGUAUUUCACAUGCACAAUUCAUAUUCGAGAGUAAAGAAAAAUUUGACGGGAAAACGUGAUUAUUCGGUUAACCAAAUUAUCUGCAUGCCCACAUCUCUAGUUAAUUCUAAUGCCGCAUGUAAGGAUACCUUAUGCAUGCGCUUUACUUUGUUAUUUUGUUCAGUCUGCCACCAGAUGAUCUCAUUCGUGAGGGCAAUAUGACGUGCCUUGAUAAGAUAUCGUUCAUAUUUAAGUUCGCAUUAUUUAGAAUGAUGGAUAUUUUUAUGCUUUUCUAAAAAUAUAGAUUUUCCCGUCGUUUUCGCUUUCAGAGAAACAGAUAAGCUUGGUUGCUCGUUUGAUUAUGCGUAAUUUAUUCUUUCCUUGAUCUUUAGAUAUCGAUGAAUGUGCGUCAUCGCAGAAUAAUGAUUGCCACGAUGUGAACGGUUUAUGUGUCAAUAAUGACGGUGGUUAUACUUGUCAAUGUAAGCAAGGUUACACCGGAGAUGGAAGGACAUGUAACGGUGAGUGAAUGCAAGUGGAGAAACUAGCGUCACAGAUUAGUAUAGGAAAUUACACGGUUCGAGAAGUGUUAAUGAAAAAUCACACGCGUGUUAAUUUGGAGAAAGGUUUAUAAUACCGUUAGUGCAUAGCACGAGUGGUAUUAUAAAAAUUUCGCUUAACAAAAGUGUAAUUUUUCAUUAAUAUUUCGUGUUUCACCGAUGUGCUUAAAAAUGCGCUUCAAUGGCUAUCUGUUCUUGAAAUUAAUGGUCUUCAUUCAAUUGCUCAACAAGUAAUUCUUGUUAAUCUUAAUUUGCAUGCCUAGUUAACAAUAUGUUUUUAUCACCACGCUCACCUAUCACUCGAUUGUUUUGAAAAUUCACUUGUUUCAUAGCAUCAACCUGUCCCAUUGAAGUAAUCGUCCUCAUUUUAGAAUACUGAUGUUUUUUAAUGUAUUUAGCGACAGACUGUGCAGUCCAAUGUAUUGCUGAAGCUGUCUGCUCGGCAGUGGGAUCAGGAUUUCAAUGUGUUUGCAGGACCGGCUACACAGGCAAUGGCACAACAUGUGCAGGUAUAUACUUAAUUAAGAGAGACCAAGAAGGUGAAAAUAGAAUAGACGGAUGUCAAUUAGAGGAGAGCCACACGUAACAUCGUUUGGCCAAUUACAGCUCUUGCUAAAACGUUAGUUAUUUGUUUUGUAUAUCACUCGCCAUUACCAACUAUCCUUGGAAUUGCUCAAAGGAGAACAGCACAAUUAUUUUUUUGUCUCAGCUGUUAUGUUCAUAGAUUCAAAAGUUCUUCUAAAAUGAAGUCACAAUUGAAUAAUUUAUCAGCAUAUAAUGAGCAUCUGACUAUAGUGUUGAACAGCGGACAUAGGCAAAGCAGAUAAAAUAAGAUAUUAUGUUACAAGAAGCAUGUUAACAGAGCUACAUUAUAAGACUAUGUAAGUAGAAAGUAAUUAGGGAUUGCAUUGUCUCCUAACAAGAUUAGCGUUUUGUUUAGGAAGCUAAGCUGCUUAGUGUUGUGCUAGGUUCGGAUAUUUUCCGUGUUCCAUUGAUGAUAAUUUUUCCCUUUUCAAAAUGAAUGUUAUGGUCAUUUUAGCACUAAAUCCGAGUAAAUAACAACCAUUUUGAAUACUGGUUCUCACUACUUGUCCCAUUACUUAUUUUACACCAAAAAAUGUAACGAAUUAAAAGUUGGAGGGGUGGUCCUAAGUUUUCUAGAUCAAGGUGGAGCCGAGCGUCUUGAAAAUAAAGGUCUUGCGAUUGGGGCGUCUCUAAAAAAUGUUCAAUAUUUGGUAUUUAUCACCCACCGCUCUACCUCCCACCCCCCGCCCUCCCAUUGUUAAUGGCAGGUCCCUAACAAAUCCUACAAGUUCAUUGGUCAAAUUUGACGUAUUAAGCUGUUAUAUUCACCUGCAGGUGAAUCAGAACAAAACCGAAAUUUUCAAAAUGGCGGCUAGCCGUUUUGUGGAAGUUACUGAUAAAGAAAUAAGCGAAAUUAAAAUAAAUUCAGUCCCAAAAAACACGAAAGACUUCUGUAAAAAUACUAAAACAAUUAUUCGCCUCGGGUUCGGUGAUUGUUGGGGAAUAUUCACCUCGACUUCGUCUCCUGUAAAUAUUCCCUGAUAAUCACCUCGCCUUCGGCGAAUAAUUGUUAAAUAUUCCUGUCUUAACAGAUAUCAACGAAUGUGAUGACGUACAUGGUUGUCACGCCGAAGCCACGUGCCAAAAUACUGCUGGAGGUUAUGAAUGUCAUUGCAAUGCAGGUUGGACGGGAGAUGGAAGAAGUUGCUCGGGUAAAGAUAUUUUUGCAAAAUGUUUAGAUUUCGAACUUUUAGAUAUGUUAAUUUUUUGAACAACGAUAUCAGUAGUCUAGUUCACUCGCCGUCCGCAGCAAAGUACUUAGCCGUGGCUAUAGAACCUCGUUUUCGGGACUGAGGUAUAGGCUUGAUAGAGUUCUCUAUCUUGUUACUGAAGACCUAAUUAUAUAAAGGUCUUGUAUAUCUUCUAAUGUAACUGUAUGAUUUCAGAAAUUUGUCCUCCGGUACUACGAGAUAAAACGCUCUCAAGCCAAAAUCUCAAUCUCGAAAACUAUAAAAAUCACUCAUUUGCAUGAAGGAUGUAUUUCACAUGCACAAUUCAUAUUCGAGAGUCAAGAAAAAUUUGAUGGGAAAAUGUGAUUAUUUGGUUAACCAAAUUAUCUGCGCACAUCUCUAAUUAAUUCUAAUGCCGCAUGUAAAUAUACCUUAUGCAUGCGCUUUACUUUGUUAUUUUGUUCAGUCUGACACCAGAUGAUCUCAUUCGUGAGGGCAAUAUGACGUGCCUUGAUAAGAUAUCGUUCAUAUUUAAGUCCGCAUUAUUUAGAAUGAUGGAUAUUUUUAUGCUUUUCUAAAAAUAUAGAUUUUCCCGUCGUUUUCGCUUUCAGAGAAACAGAUAAGAUUGGUUGCUCGUUUGAUUAUGCGUAAUUUAUUCUUUCCUUGAUCUUUAGAUAUCGAUGAAUGUGCGUCAUCGCAGAAUAAUGAUUGCCACGAUGUGAACGGUUUAUGUGUCAAUAAUGACGGUGGUUAUACUUGUCAAUGUAAGCAAGGUUACACCGGAGAUGGAAGGACAUGUAACGGUGAGUGAAUGCAAGUGGAGAAACUAGCGUCACAGAUUAGUAUAGGAAAUUACACGGUUCGAGAAGUGUUAAUGAAAAAUCACACGCGUGUUAAUUUGGAGAAAGGUUUAUAAUACCGUUAGUGCAUAGCACGAGUGGUAUUAUAAAAAUUUCGCUUAACAAAAGUGUAAUUUUUCAUUAAUAUUUCGUGUUUCACCGAUGUGCUUAAAAAUGCGCUUCAAUGGCUAUCUGUUCUUGAAAUUAAUGGUCUUCAUUCAAUUGCUCAACAAGUAAUUCUUGUUAAUCUUAAUUUGCAUGCCUAGUUAACAAUAUGUUUUUAUCACCACGCUCACCUAUCACUCGAUUGUUUUGAAAAUUCACUUGUUUCAUAGCAUCAACCUGUCCCGUUGAAGUAAUCGUCCUCAUUUUAGAAUACUGAUGUUUUCUAAUGUAUUUAGCGACAGACUGUGCAGUCCAAUGUAUUGCUGAAGCUGUCUGCUCGGCAGUGGGAUCAGGAUUUCAAUGUGUUUGCAGGACCGGCUACACAGGCAAUGGCACAACAUGUGCAGGUAUAUACUUAAUUAAGAGAGACCAAGAAGGUGAAAAUAGAAUAGACGGAUGUCAAUUAGAGGAGAGCCACACGUAACAUCGGUUGGCCAAUUACAGCUCUUGCUAAAACGUUAGUUAUUUGUUUUGUAUAUCACUCGCCAUUACCAACUAUCCUUGGAAUUGCUCAAAGGAGAACAGCAUAGUUAUUUUUUGUCUCAGCUGUUAUAUUCAUAGAUUCAAAAUGAAGUCAAAAUUGAAUAAUUUAUGAGCAUAUAUAAUGAGCAUCUGGCUAUGGUGUUGAACAGGAGCAAUAGAUAACGUAGAUAAAAUAAAGUAGACGCAAAGUAGAUAAAAUAAGAUAUUAUGUUACAAGAAGUACGUUAACAGAGCUACAUUAUAAGACUGUGUAACUAGAAAGUAAUUAGCGAUUGCAUUGUUUCCAGACAAGAUUAGCGUACUGUUUAGGAAGCUGCUUAGUGUUAUUAUCUGAAUUUGCAAUUAAGGCAGUGUGCAAGGUUCAGAUAUUUUCCGUGUUCCAGUGAUGAUAAUUUUUCCCUUUUCAAAAUUAAUGUUAUGGUCAUUUUAGCACUAAACCCGUAACGUGGAACGCUGAAAUGGAGAGCCUGGAACAGCAAACCAGGAACAACAAACCCAGAACGGAAAUUGUGUAUCUUACAUAAAAUUUAUACCUGAAAUUUCCAUCUACAAAUUCUAUACCACAUAUCCUUUAAAAUUGAAGUUUUAGGUUGAAAAUGAUGCGUAAAAGUUAAAAUACAAACUAUAUGAAGUUUUAAAUUCAAGUCAUCGACGUCCAUGUGUUCGCCAAGUUGCAUGUAUGUUGAAAUUGCAAACUGUAAUUUUGGGGAAUUGUGCGCUAUAUAGUUUGUAACGCUUUGUAUUAAUGAUCAGACCAGAGUGGCGUUCUAGAUUUUCUUUUGAGUUAUUAUAUUGCAUUCCGAGGUUUUCUGGCGUUCCACAUUCCGCGUUUUAUAGUACUCGCAUGGUUCGUAAUGUUCGAGCCUUUCUUGUGUUUCGUAACUUAUAUAUGAAUGUGUUCUUUUUUCUUUGUGUCAAAAUAUUGCCAGCUUCUGUAACGUAUGAUCAUGUGCAGUCUAAGCAGAGUGUUCUGUAUGUGUACAGACUGUAUGUGGUCACAGAGAAACUGGACAAUCCUUCAUAUUCCUUUGCAACAAAGAAAAACGAGCACACCCCUAAUGUUACGAAAUACCAGAAAGCCUCGAACAUUGCGAACCACGCAUGGGAAACGACCAUGCAUAACAUUAAUUUUGAAAAGGGCAAAAUUAUCGAGACUGGGAACUUACAUGUCAUAAUUAAAUUGUAAUGCUAUCCCAACGCAAAACGAGUCAUUCAGAUGCACAGGUGACAUUACAAUUUCAUUUAUUAUUCAAAUUGCAAAUCAAUUAUAAAUUGACUUAUUAUGUCGCUCGAAUAACUUCUUCAUUUCAAUCAAAAAUUAUGUACAAAAUUAAAACACGAGUAUAGGAGUGUUUUAUCAGAUAUAAAACACGAGGCGCAGCUGAGCGUUUUAUAUCUCAUAAAAAACGACAACGACUGUUUUUAAUAGCUUAAAAUACGACUACAAAAAAAUACUAAUUAGGAUGAACAAUUAUAUAUUAUCAUACUAAUUAGGAUGAACAAUUAUAUAAAGAAUACUAAUGAAGAUGAGUUUUAUCAGGUACACAGUCACUCCACGUGACAUAUUAUGGCUGACAUGAUUUGCCACAAGGUUUGUGAAUUAUUAAUGAUAUUUUAAAUAUAUAUAUUCCUGUCUUAACAGAUGUCAACGAAUGUGAUGACGUACAUGGUUGUCACGCCGAAGCCACGUGCCAAAAUACUGCUGGAGGUUAUGAAUGUCAUUGCAAUGCAGGUUGGACGGGAGAUGGAAGAAGUUGCUCGGGUAAAGAUAUUUUUGCAAAAUGUUUAGAUUUCGAACUUUUAGAUAUGUUAAUUUAUUGA